UUGAGUUUUCAGCAAGUUCUCAGUAUGUCGGACAUCGGGGGAUAUGGCCAUACUAUUUUAUCUGUGAUGGUAAGCUACCAUUCCUUUCUUUUGCUUCCUUAUUCUUCAGUGUUCAGACUCUCGAAGAGUGUUUCGUCAUCUCGGUGGCUGUUGUUUGCAGAAAACGUUGCUAAUUCGUUGCAGUGGCUAGAAACUGCGAUUGCUCUUCUCUUCGUCUGCUUGCGACUGUGGACACGGAUCAGAAUUACACAGACUGUUGGCUGGGAUGACUAUCUCAUUGUAUUAAGUUGGUUGAUGUUGAUGCCGUACACCGUCGGAUGCACAGUUGCUGUUACGCAUGGUUUUGGAAGACAUUCUACCGAGCUCACUCUAGACGGAAUUGUAGCAGCAACCAAAGCUGAGAUUAUUGGUCAAACGUUUUGCAUUAUCGGUAUUGCGACCAGCAAAUCUUCGGCUGCAAUCUUCCUCCUUCGAAUUACUAUUAUUCAAUGGCAUAAAAUGGUCCUAUACCUUUUAAUGUUUGCAGUUACUAUAGUUGUUAUCAUAGACGCUCUCUUUGACUUCAUUCGUUGCAACCCAAUUGAACACGUUUGGAAUCCUACUAUUGAUGCCAAAUGCUGGGUUUCAACUGAAGGUUUUGCAACACUGUCCAUAGUCGCUGGAAGUUUCUCUGCUGCAGCCGACUUCGUUCUCGCUGUAAUGCCUUGGUUCAUUCUGUGGAAUCUUCAAAUGAAGCGCAAGGAGAAGCGUCUCAUCGCUGCUUCCAUGAGUCUUGGUUUCUUCGCUAUGGUUUGUGGUAUCAUUCGAGCAAUCGCACUUGAAUCAUUAACAUCUCGAUCUGAUUACUCUUAUGAUACGAUUGGGUUGAUCCUCUGGUCUUCCACGGAACUUAUGGUCACUAUUCUCACCGCAACAAUCCCUUGUCUUCGACCUUUAUAUAGCAGGAUACGAGGCUAUUCUACGCACUCAUACAGCGACAACCCCAACCGCCUGCGCACGCGCAGCUAUCAUCUCGACAAUAUCGGAGUAGACAGAGAGACCGACAGUAACCACAAGCUCAACCUAGAGCCGCAUAACGAUUAUUCAAGGGCAACUGUUGUAGGGGGGAAACAAGACGAUGAAAGUGACAAGAGCAUAUUGGCGCAGGGAGAAGGGAAUAUCAUUCGUACGAACGUCAUUUCCGUGCAAGUGGAGUAUGACCAGGGAUCUCAAUGGGGAAAUAAGAAGAAGAAGAAUUGGUCUGCACCCAACGAGGGUCAUUAA